UUUGCAUUAAGCUGCCUAACCAGUUUUCUUGCAAGCCUAAUGGAUGAACUUUUACUUCCCGUUUCCUUAGCAGGGAUGAAGUAUCAGAGAACUUUUUCUGUUGUUUACCUUCAGAGCAGACGGUUCUCGUUCUUCUAGAUCUGUGCAGAGCAGCUGAGAGCCAGGUACAGUGUCUCCAGGAAAUCUAGUCAUGCUAAAGCACGGCCUGUUUUUCUUCACUUUUGGACUAUCUUUAACUGGAAACUCUUUUUGGAUGAAAGGUGUGUAUUCUGAAGAGGCAUCCAGACUUUCUACAUUCGAAAUCAUUAUUCCUCGAAGGUUGACAGACAAACAUCGCCCAUUUCCUCAUGAGGAGCAUUCAGAUGACGAUCUUUCUUACUCAAUUAAAACCAGAAAUGGAACAUACCUCCUAACACUGAAGAAAAAUAAAGACCUCGUUAGCAAAGACUUUAUGCUGUAUACAUAUGGGAAAAAUGGGAAACUGGAAGCAACACAAUCAAAAACCAAGAUGCACUGUUACUAUCAUGGCACUGUUGAAGGAGUGGCUGACUCGGUGCUUGCUCUUAGCACAUGCGAUGGCCUGAGGUAUUACCUCUUGCUUUUUCCUUCAAGAGGAAUUGUCUACAUUGCUGGCAAAUGGUAUGGAAUGGAGCCGCUCAACACAUCCAGAACAUUUGAACACAGGUUUUACCAGUUUGAAGAUAUGCAGCACAUUCCUUUCCAAUGCGGUGUGCUGAAUGACAGCCUUCAUCAUGAGAUGAAGAUGUUUGUGAAGCAGUCUGUGAAAUAUGCAUUUUCACCAAACAGUACCUCUAGUAGGGAAGAGCUUUUGAGGAAGAAGCGAGCUGUCCUGCCACAGAAAAGCUACGUGGAAUUAUUUGUGGUUGUGGAUAAUAACAGGUUUUUGCAGAAGAACUCUGAUCCUGCUGCGGUGCAAAAGGAAACAGUUGAGCUGAUUAAUUAUGUUGAUGGGAUGUAUAAAGCAUUAAAUAUCCAGAUCGUUUUGGUUGGAUUAGAGAUUUGGACAGAUACAAACCAAAUUUCUGUAAUGGAUGGUUCCGCCGGAGAUGUACUGAGUAGAUUCGUUUCUUGGAGACGGACAGAUCUUCUUAAGCGUUCAAGAAAUGAUGUCAGCCAUCUCAUAAUAGGGAGAGGGUCUUAUGGUGGAUCCCUUGGAAUGGCUUUUGUAGGUACCGUCUGCUCACCGGAGCGGGGAGGGUCCAUCAGCACUUUGAAUGGUAACAAUGUGUUCCGUCAUGCUACAGUAGUUGCACAUGAAUUGGGACAUAACCUUGGAAUGAAACAUGAUGAUAAAAGGUGUCCUGCAUCCUACAUUAUGUACAGCACAGAUAAGGGAUCCAGGAAUUUCAGUUCCUGCAGCGCUGAUGAUUUUGAGAACCUUAUUCUAAAUGGAGGAGGAAACUGCCUCAGAAAUCCACCCAAAACAAGUAAUGUUUACAAAGAGCCUGUCUGCGGUAACAAUGUGAUUGAUAACAACGAAGAAUGUGACUGUGGAAAACCAGAGGAGUGCACUAACCCUUGCUGUGAUGCUGCCACUUGCAAACUUACAUCUGGAUCGCAAUGUGCGCAAGGACUGUGCUGCAAAAAUUGCAAGUUUAAAGCGGCAGGAGCAGAAUGCAGAUCAAAAAUGGAUUUCUGUGAUCUACCUGAAUACUGCAAUGGAAGCUAUGCCUACUGUCCAGACGAUGUUUAUGUCAUGAAUGGUUACCCAUGCAACAACAUGAAAGCAUAUUGCUACUAUGGAGUAUGUCAGAGCUUUGAUUCACAGUGUGAAGCUAUAUAUGGAAAAGGGGCACGAAAAGCACCUGAUCUGUGCUUUCGAAAAGCCAAUAUUAAAGGAGAUAGGUUUGGAAACUGUGGAAUGAGAGGUGGAGUGUACAAGAAAUGUACUGUUGAGCACAGUCUGUGUGGCAAGCUCCAGUGCACUUCUGUUAGUCUUCAAAAUCUUCCUGCUUGGAGUGUUGUCAAUAAUGUAUCCGGGGUGUUAUGCUGGUCUUCUGAUUUUGACUUAGGAUCAGAUAUCCCUGAUCCCGCUCAAGUUCAUGAUGGAACAGCAUGUGGAGAAAAGAAGGCCUGUGUAGCUUUUGAGUGUGUUGAUGCAAGUCAUCUGGGCUACAGCUGCGAUGUACAGCAGAAGUGUAACGAUAAUGGGGUGUGUAACAACAACGGGAACUGCCACUGCGAUUCUGGAUGGGCACCUCCGUUCUGCAACCAGCCAGGCUACGGUGGCAGUAUUGACAGUGGUCCAGCUCACAUGGAUACAUCGCUCCGGGAUGGACUGCUUAUUUUUGUCUUCGUUGUGUUGCCAAUGUUGAUUGUGACUGUGAUAGCAGUCAUUAAGCGUGACGCAAUAAAAAGGAAGUUUUGCAGGAAAAGCAGAAGACAACACAGGGAUAACAAUGCACAGCAACCAAAGCAAAGUAACAGGCCACCCCACAACACAAGAAAUGAUCAGCCUGCCGCAGCAAGCCCCGAUUUUUUUACCAUAUCGCAUUUUCCCGGCCCAAGGCAGCCAGGACAAACGCAGCCUCCUGCAGUUCCUUCAGCACCUCAGCGACCUGCGGUCCCAGCCCUACCCGCUGUCUGAAGAGCUCCUUGGGCAACAGCUGCUGCCAGAAACUGAUAUGGAAGAAUACAAGGGCUGGCAUCCCCCAGCUCCCUCCUGCACGCAGCCAAAGCUCCUUGCAAAACCGCGCACCGCUGGGAAAGGCUUGGUGCCGAGAGACCCUGAGCGCAGACUUUGUAUCACCCCGUUAUUUUGCUAAGAGCUGCUGGCUGUGUUUGUGCCUCUUCUACCUCA